CACUGAGAGCUUGAGGUGACAGACUGCAUGGUUAGGGGUGCCCUGCAAGACUGCCAAGGAAACCCACUCCACCAAAGCAGGUGCAUCACUCAGGCAAUGGCUGCGGGCACGGAGACGGUGCACUACAUCCACCUGCACAACUCCAGCCAGUCUGUUCUGGAGGCUUUACGGACGCAACGGCGUGAGGGCCUCUUCUGCGAUGUGACGGUGCGCAUCCACGACGCCUCGCUGCGUGCCCAUGCCUGCGUGCUGGCCGCUGGCAGCCCCUUCUUCCAGGACAAGCUGCUGCUGGGCCACUCUGAGAUCUCGGUGCCGCCGCUGGUCCCCGCUGAGACGGUGAAGCAGCUGGUGGAUUUUAUGUACAGCGGCUCGCUGGUGGUGGUGCAGUCGCAGGCCCUCUGCAUCCUCACCGCCGCCAGCAUCCUGCAGAUUAAGACGGUCAUCGACGAGUGCACCCAGAUCAUCUCCCAGAGGAAGGUGGCUGCUGCUGCGGCGGCCGCAGCAAGUGGCGGUGGAGGAGGAGGGGGGAUGACAGCUGGGGUCCUGCCCAAGCAGGAGGAGCGGGGAGGGGUUAAAGGGAGGGACAGCGGUGGUGGUUGUAUUGGUGGUGGUGGCGCAGUCAGCGGUGGUGGGGGUUACCAGAGCUUCUCGAACUUCACCUUGGGGGACUGCGGGGCGAGCAACAUGGUCACAGGCCUGGGCGGAGCAAACUUGAGCGUUAAUGUUAGUGAGAGUGGCCCAGGAGGCGCCCUGGAGCAGGCUAACCCAGCGGGGCUGAUGGCUCUAGCUGACAUGGGCAUCCACGGGGCCCUGUGUGGGGCUGACGGGCUAAGCUCAGGGGCCGCCGGAGUCCUCAUGAAGAACUCAAAUUGCACCCAGGAUGUGAGGUACAAGCUGAGAGACCUGCUAGCGGCAACCGCUAACGGCGCCAAUGCUGGAAGCUCAGGGAAUCUCUCGGUCGGCUGCAGCUCUGGUGUCAGCAGCGUGGACAGCAUUGGCCGGGACAGUAUCCGCAGCAACACGGCUGACCUCUCGGAGGAGCUCGUGGGGAUGGACAGAUACUGCGAGGAGGAGAUGGAUGGACAUCACAGAGGGAGAGACUUGGACAGGGACAGAGGGGCAGGAGGACACAGCCGCAAGCAGAGGCAGCCACUCAGGCUUCAGGUUCUUGUAGGAGAGGAAGUGGUGGUGAAGGAUGAAGGAGUGCAGGAGCCGGAUGGAGGUGUCUUCGGCUUGGAGGAGGGAAGACGUGUUGAAGGGCAGGAGGGCACACAGGAAUCCAUGGCAACCUUUGGCCAGGAGGGUGUGUUCUAUGAUGAGGCUGGAGUUUUCUCCCCCGAGGCUUUCUGGCCCCAGAACGAGCAGGCUCAGGCCAUGUCCUUCAACCCCAGAGGAAGAGGAAACAAGCUACUGUCUCCCCCUACCUCCUCACAGUCCAUCAACAACCAGCUACUUUUUCAGUACCCAGUCAGCCAAUCACAGCCAUCAGCCUCAUUCUUUGUGGGUGGACCGAUGGUGAUUGAUAGCAUGGCAGGAACGGAGCACAGCCAACAGGCUCCGGCGCCAAUGACCCCUGCUCUGUCAACCUGUGGCACGGCAGGCCCCUCCCCUUCCUCCCAGGGAUCUGAGACGUCCUUCGACUGCACUCACUGUGGGAAAUCGUUACGUUCCAGGAAGAACUACAGCAAGCACAUGUUCAUACACUCCGGUCAAAAGCCUCAUCAGUGCAGCAUCUGCUGGCGCUCUUUCUCUCUGCGCGACUACCUCCUCAAGCACAUGGUGGUGCACACGGGCGUGCGCGCCUUCCAGUGCUCUGUGUGCGGCAAGCGCUUCACACAGAAGAGCUCACUCAACGUGCAUAUGCGCACACACCGGGCCGAGCGCACCUUCCAGUGCACCGUGUGCCACCGGGCCUUCACCCACCGCACCCUGCUGGAGCGCCACGCCCUGCAACACGCCCACCACGGGGCCACCCAGGGCCAAGGGCAGGGACAGGGCCUCCAGCAGACCCCCAAACACAGCCCUCCAGCCCUGGCAGGGCCCUCGGGCAUGUGCGGCCCAGCUGGGAUGGGCAGCACCAUGGCCAACAUGCCCAGCCAUGGGCCUCCCUCCUAGAGGGAGAGAGAGGGAGGAGGGCCCAAUCUCAAACUGAUCCAUCACCCCUAUCCUGGAGCCCUUUUCUGAUCCGAGAGGAUUGCUAGGUAUGAGCAACAUGGUUGAUGCUCCAUCUAGACCUAUCGGAGGCUGGAUGGAGUUUGUGCCAUAUUUCUCACACCUAUGAAGCCCUUACAGAUAUGCAAGAGGGAGUUGCCAAUGAUGGAAAAAAGGGGAGAUAAUUGGUUUGGGAUUGUGGAAGAAAAGGAGAGGAAAAGGGAAAGAGAGGCAGAAAGCUGUUGGAGACUAAUUGCUGGCGAUUGAAGGGAGGAAAUGUAGGAGGGGUGAGAAAGAGAGACAGAAAAGGGGAAGGGAGAGAGAAAGCAAAACAAGCCACGGCUAGAAAAAGAGUGCAGGGUGAUGAACCAAUGAAGAAGAGAGCGAAUUAAUCAAUGAGAGUUACCAUCAUACAUCAAGACGGCAUAGGAACACUAUUAGAUGCAGGAGGCACUGGGAUGACCCAGGAUCAUAUACCUCUAAACAGGAAGAGACAGGAAAUGUAUUAAGGACACAACUUUUAUUUUGAAAUGUGACAAACGUUUCAGCAUGUUUUACACACCUCAAAGAAUACCUCGGCGGUCCAAAGACAGGCAUUAUGCUACACAUGUUUAAUAGCUACAUCAAACAGCAAAACAGUGGGAACUAAAGCUACCUGAAAUCCCUUCCUUUUAAAACAUUACUAAAAAAAAUUGACAUAAUAUUCCUUUACAUUGUCGAUAUGAGUUUAUUUGUCGCUCAUUUGUGAUUUAUUGAUGACGAAAACAAUAAGGCAAUGGAUUUAAAAAGUGAAAAAGGAUCUUUCAACUAUAAGUGACACUUUUUGGGAUAAAUGAGAAAUCUGUACUUUUAUCAGGAUUUUUAAUCUAUGUGUAUGUGGGGUUAUGUGUGCUUUUGGGGCACUUGUCAAUGAAUGGGAAGGUUUGUUGCUGAGAACUAUAAAAAUGUUCUCCAACGGCUUCAUUUAAUACUUUAAAAUGUUUUUAUUGUAACGAAAUAAAUCAUGAGGAAAUACAAUCACCCAGAGUGGAUUUGAUUACCACGUUAAUAUUUAUUACAAUUUGACAAUGAUUACUAUGCACAAUACAUUUUUGCACAUUGUGUAAUUUAAUUCAGCUUUAUAUGUUGCCCUACCCUAGAUAUUUGACCUUAGAAAAAUAUAUUUGCCCUAAGAUUACCAAUGUAUAUCAUGGAGAACUUAAAAUAUUUAGUUUUUUGUUUCCAACUUCCCACCUUAAAGGUGAUUUUAGAUAUGCAGUAAAUAGACCCUACUAGACAUAAAGGGCAACUAAGCCAGUGAGACCGGCAAAACCCCUUUAAGAUCCCUUCUGGUCCUCACUAUAAACUUUUACAUAAAAUGUCCCCCACAAUGAAGAAACAUUCUGCUUGAUCAGGAUGAUCUCAUUGAGCUAAGCACUGUUCUGCUGAUUCACUCAUCUCUAUAAUGGAAAUCUGUUAAAACCCUGUUAAUAGGAAGCUGACAUGAUUUAUAGAUCAGUUAAAUCUGUUCUGCAUAUAGUUCAGGCCAACCCUUGUGAACAAACAGGUGAUUAGGCUAUUCCAGAGAUUUUUAUAUCCUCAGCAACUCAAAUGUUUCUAGUACAUUUUGUCUGAGGUGGACCUGUGUACAGUACUAUAUUAUGUGUGCUUAAAGCCAUGUCAGAAGAACGCAACCAUUAUUGUAAUGAUGUACUGUGUUUUGCCUUUUUUUAUUUAGCUUUCUUUGAGUGAAGGGAAUGAUAAAUGUCUCUUUUUUUUUUUUUUGCAAAUUUGAAUAUAACUGCAAGUCAAAUAUGUCAUAAGAAAAUAAGUAAUUUUAUAACGCACCAAUCAUGCAAUGUAUACCACAUGUUUUAUGUAUGGAAAAGCUA